AUGAUCGGUGAAGGAAGACUGGGGGCAAGAAAAAGUGCUUUCACGGCCUCUCUGCUGCUGCUGCUGCUGCUGCUGCUGCUGCUGCCCCCCCGGCUGCUGGCAGAGGCCGACUCCUCCAGGGGGCGCUCUCACAGGCGCCUGAAGAGAGGCUGGAUCUGGAAGCAGCUGUUUGUCCCCGAGGAAGACCCCACGCCACGAGUCAUCGGCCAGCUGAAGUCCGACUACGACAAAGGCGACGCCACGGUGAAGUACAUCCUGUCAGGAGAGGGCGCCGGCGAUGUAUUUGCCAUCGACCAGCACACGGGUCAGAUCCGGACUCUGCGGAAACUGGACCGAGAGCAGAAGGCCUUCUACGUCCUGCAGGCUCAGGCUCUGAACCGGAUCACGCUGGAACCGGUGGAACCCGAGUCCGAGUUCAUCAUCAAAGUCCAGGACAUCAACGACAACACGCCGCGCUUCAAGAACACGCCGUACACCGCCAGCAUCCCCGAGAUGAGCCCGGUGGGGACCACGGUGACCCAGGUGACCGCCACGGACGCCGAUGACCCCAUGUUGGGAAACCACGCCAAGCUCAUCUACUCCAUCCUGCAGGGGGAGCCAUACUUCUCUGUGGAGCCCAAGACCGGUAUAAUCGUGACGUCGUGGCCCAACAUGGACCGCGAGGCCCGGGAGGAGUACCAGGUGGUGGUGCAGGUGAAGGACAUGAUGGGACUGAGCGGAGGUUACUCGGCCUCCGCCACCGUCACCGUUACCCUCGACGACGUCAACGACAACGGACCCAUCUUCCAGCACCACCUGUACCCUCUGUCACAGACCUGUAUCCUCUGUCACAGACCUUUACCCUCUGUCACAGACCUGUACCCUCUGUCACAGACCUGUCACAGACCUGUACCCUCUGUCACAGACCUGUACCCUCUGUCACAGACCUGUCACAGACCUUUACCCUCUGUCACAGACCUGUAUCCUCUGUCACAGACCUGUCACAGACCUGUACCCUCUGUCACAGACCUGUACCCUCUGUCACAGACCUGUAUCCUCUGUCACAGACCUGUACCCUCUGCCACAGACCUGUCACAGACCUGUACCCUCUGUCACAGACCUGUCACAGACCUGUACCCUCUGUCACAGACCUUUACCCUCUGUCACAGACCUGUACCCUCUGUCACAGACCUUUACCCUCUGUCACAGACCUGUACCCUCUGUCACAGACCUUUACCCUCUGUCACAGACCUUUACCCUCUGUCACAGACCUGUACCCUCUGUCACAGACCUGUACCCUCUGUCACAGACCUGUAUCCUCUGUCACAGACCUGUACCCUCUGUCACAGACCUGUACCCUCUGUCACAGACCUGUACCCUCUGUCACAGACCUGUACCCUCUGUCACAGACCUGUACCCUCUGUCACAGACCUGUACCCUCUGUCACAGACCCGUACCCUCUGUCACAGACCUGUAUCCUCUGUCACAGACCUGUACCCUCUGUCACAGACCUGUCACAGACCUGUACCCUCUGUCACAGACCUGUACCCUCUGUCACAGACCUGUACCCUCUGUCACAGACCUGUACCCUCUGUCACAGACCUGUACCCUCUGUCACAGACCUUUACCCUCUGUCACAGACCUGUACCCUCUGUCACAGACCUUUACCCUCUGUCACAGACCUCUACCCUCUGUCACAGACCUGUCACAGACCUGUCACAGACCUGUACCCUCUGUCACAGACCUGUAUCCUCUGUCACAGACCUUUACCCUCUGUCACAGACCUUUACCCUCUGUCACAGACCUGUACCCUCUGUCACAGACCUGUACCCUCUGUCACAGACCUGUACCCUCUGUCACAGACCUGUACCCUCUGUCACAGACCUGUACCCUCUGCCACAGACCUGUAUCCUCUGUCACAGACCUGUACCCUCUGUCACAGACCUGUACCCUCUGUCACAGACCCGUACCCUCUGUCACAGACCUGUACCCUCUGUCACAGACCUGUACCCUCUGUCACAGACCUGUACCCUCUGUCACAGACCUGUACCCUCUGUCACAGACCUGUACCCUCUGUCACAGACCCGUACCCUCUGUCACAGACCUGUACCCUCUGUCACAGACCCGUACCCUCUGUCACAGACCUGUACCCUCUGUCACAGACCUGUCACAGACCUGUACCCUCUGUCACAGACCUGUACCCUCUGUCACAGACCUGUACCCUCUGUCACAGACCUGUCACAGACCUGUACCCUCUGUCACAGACCUGUACCCUCUGUCACAGACCUGUACCCUCUGUCACAGACCUGUCACAGACCUGUAUCCUCUGUCACAGACCUGUCACAGACCUGUACCCUCUGCCACAGACCUGUCACAGACCUGUACCCUCUGUCACAGACCUGUACCCUCUGUCACAGACCUGUAUCCUCUGUCACAGACCUGUAUCCUCUGUCACAGACCUGUCACAGACCUGUACCCUCUGCCACAGACCUGUCACAGACCUGUACCCUCUGUCACAGACCUGUACCCUCUGCCACAGACCUGUAUCCUCUGUCACAGACCUGUCACAGACCUGUAUCCUCUGUCACAGACCUGUACUCGUUCGCUGUGGCGGAGGACGCGGCGGUUGGCUUCACCGUGGGGCGAGUCUUGGCUCGAGACGGAGACACAGGGAUCAACGCCAGGAUGAGCUACAGCCUGGAGGACGACCUGGAGGGCAGCGCCACCUUCAUCAUCCUCACCGACCCGGACACGCAGGAGGGGGUGCUGGUGCUGGCUAAGCCGCUGGACUUCGAGACCAAGAGGCGUUACGUGAUGGCGGCGGAGGCGGUGAACGACCACCCGGACCCGCGCUUCCUGCCGCUGCACGAGUUCUCGGACCGCACCACUCUGAAGGUGGUGGUGGAGGACGUGGAUGAGCCGCCCGUGUUUCUGCAGGAGCCGUACGAGUGGAAGAUCCCAGAGAACAGUCCUUCCGGAACCGUGGUCGGCUACGUCAGCGCCAGAGACACAGACACGGUGGACAGUCCCAUCAGGCGUCAGUGUCAUCAGGAGAGGCGUCAGUCCUAUCAGGAGAGGCGUCAGUGUCAUCAGGUGAUGUGUCAUCAGGUGAGGCGUCAGUGUCAUCAGGAGAGGCGUCAGUGUCAUCAGGAGAGGCGUCAGUGUCAUCGGGUGAUGUGUCAUCAGGUGAGGCGUCAGUCCUAUCAGGAGAGGCGUCAGUGUCAUCAGGUGAGGCGUCAGUGUCAUCGGGUGAUGUGUCAUCAGGUGAGGCGUCAGUCCUAUCAGGAGAGGCGUCAGUGUCAUCAGGAGAGGCGUCAGUGUCAUCGGGUGAUGUGUCAUCAGGUGAGGCGUCAGUCCUAUCAGGAGAGGCGUCAGUGUCAUCAGGUGAGGCGUCAGUCCUAUCAGGAGAGGCGUCAGUGUCAUCAGGUGAGGCGUCAGUCCCAUCAGGUGAGGCGUCAGUGUCAUCAGGUGAGGUGUCAGUCCCAUCAGGUGAGGCGUCAGUGUCAUCAGGUGAGGCGUCAGUGUCAUCAGGUGAGGUGUCAGUCCCAUCAGGUGAGGCGUCAGUAG